AUGGCCUGGGACAAACUCACCCUCGUAACCAAAACCCUCCCCUGGUUCCUCCCCUACCUCCUCCGCGCCAGCAUCCACCGCAUCACCGCCCUAUUCCACAAAUACAGCUACAAGCCGACCGAAAACGCCAAACACGUCGUCGUGGUCGGCGGCUCCUUCGCAGGCCUCCAGCUCGUGCGCCAUUUAACCGAGUCCCUACCAACGGGGUACAAAGUCGUCUGGAUCGAGAAGAACUCGCAUCUAAACUUUGUGUUUGCCUUCCCGCGCUUCUCGGUUGUGUCUGGAUACGAGGAGCGCGCGUUUAUCCCUUAUGAGGGUGUAGAAAAUACUGCGCCGAAGGGCAUUCUCACGCGUAUUCAGGAUAGAGUUGUGGAGGUUUGCGAUGGGUGCGUGAAGCUCGCGAGUGGGGACAGCGUGGAGUAUGCAUACCUGGCUAUUGCGACUGGUGCGACGCGCGCGCUUCCGGGUCAGGUUGUUGCUACUGAGCGUGUGGAUGGAGCUGAGGAGUUAAGGGGGGUUCAGAGUGUUAUCAAGGAGAGUCGGAGGAUUGCUGUUGUUGGCGCCGGUGCGGUGGGCGUGGAACUGGCGGCGGAUAUCAAGGAUGUUUUCCCCGAUAAGGAGGUUACCCUUGUUCAUUCGCGAGACGGCGUUUUGAAUCGGUUUGGGAAGAGGUUGCAGGAGUACACUCUCUCUACAUUAAGGGAGGUUCUUAAUGUCCGAGUGCUGCUUAACGAGCGGCCGAAGAUACCAAGGGGAGAGGCACUGGUCAAGGCAGCGACCCUGCAGUUUUCAGAUGGUCGUGAAGAAGAGUUCGAUCUUAUAAUCCGCUGCACGGGCCAAAUCCCCAACUCAUCCAUGCUCGCCCCUCUAUACCCAACCGCCAUUUCCCCAUCCACAUCCCAAAUCCUGGUAAAGCCGACCUUCCAAAUCGAUACCUCACCCUCAGACUCUAUUCAAAUGUCCACUUCCGACCCCCGAAUCUUCGCCUUCGGCGACGUAGCUGCGCAUCCAGGUCCUCUGAUGGCGCGCGCGGGAUUCAUCCAGUCCGAAACAGUGGCGGUGAAUAUACUCUCCCUAGUCAAGGGGCAGGAAGCGAAGGCCGUUUACACGCCGAAUAUGUUUGUUGAGGGGUCGAUCAAGUUGACACUUGGGAAGAAGAGAAGUGUCAUUUAUUCGAGUGAUGUGGAUGGAACGGAGGUGUUGAUUGAGAUGGGGGGUGCGCCGGAGGAUAUGGAUGUUGGGAGGGCGUGGAGUCAGUUUGGGGGGGUUAAGGAGGGGAAGGAAAAGGGGAAGGUCAAGGGGAAUUAA